UCAAAGACCAAGCCUGGUCUGGACGCGAAGCGACGCUUUCCAAUAGUGGCACGCUGUACCAUCAACCCUUCCCAGUGGAAGUACCCCACUCUACUAUCAUGUACUGACUCCCACCUCCCUGUAACUUGACCUUAGUCGUCGGUCAAAGGAAAGGAGUAUUCCUGAAACAGAAGGGCGACCGAAGGGUUUACGAUCAUCAUCCUGUAAGAUUCAUUAUGCUAACCACGAACAAUUUAUAUGAAUAAAAGAUCAUGUACUUCUGUUAUCAUUAUUGAUUAAUAAUAUCAAGAGAAAUAAAAUUAUCAUAUGAAAUUUAAAUGAAGAUCGAUCGAUCGCUAAUGGUAACUGAUUGUUACAAUUAAUGUACGUAAUACUCGAGGGUGUCGCCUCUAUACGGUGAAAAAGUCGGAUAAGGUUAUGUUACUCAGUAACUUAACCUUAUCUUGGAUAACGUUAUUUGACACGUAAACGAAAAGUAAUAACAAACUUUUGUAUUAUGGCUCGUUAUUUUCGAGAAGAAGAUAUAGAUGAAUUCAGGGAAUGUUUUUAUCUAUUUGCAAGGAAUGGUCAAAUACGUACUUUGGAUGAACUUACAAUCAUUAUGAGAUCAUUAGGAUUAAGUCCAACUAUUGCAGAAUUAAAUAAAUAUUUAAAAGAUAAAGGUGGAAAAAUGUCUUUUGCCGAUUUUUUGGAAGUUAUGCAUCUACAAACUAGAGCUGAAGAUUUACCAAAAGAAGUGAUAGAUGCUUUUCAAGCUGCAGAUAAAUUUAGGACUGGCACUAUACCAGCUAGACAGUUAGCGCAUAUGUUACUCCACUGGGGUGAACAAUUAAGUAACAAAGAAGUGGAGCAAAUUUUCAGAGAGGCAAAUGUGUCUCCAAAUGGACAAGUAAAGUACGAAGAUUUUGUUAAAAUAGCUUGUGCACCUGUACCUGAUUACUAUUAAAAUAAAUAUUUUUCAUAUUUUUAAAAGAUAUUUAUAUACUUUUUAUACAAUACACGUAUUUAAUUAAUAAAAGGAUAAAAAUGAUCAUAAAAGAAAAA